AUGGCGGACUCGUCGGAAACGUUUGCCUUCUCGGCCGACAUCAACCAGCUCCUCUCGCUCAUCAUCAACACGUUCUACUCGAACAAGGACGUGUUCCUCCGCGAACUCAUCUCGAACGCGUCGGAUGCGCUCGACAAGAUCCGCUACCAGUCGCUCACGGACGCGUCGGUGCUCGACUCGGACAAGGACCUCGAGAUCAAGGUGAUCCCGGACAAGGCCAACGGCACGCUCACGCUCCAGGACUCGGGUCUCGGCAUGACCAAGGCCGACCUCGUCAACAACCUCGGCACGAUCGCCAAGUCGGGCACGAAGGCCUUCAUGGAGGCCCUCCAGGCCGGCGCCGAUAUCUCGAUGAUCGGUCAGUUCGGUGUCGGUUUCUACUCGGCCUACCUCGUCGCCGACCGCGUCACCGUGCACUCGAAGCACAACGACGACGAGCAGCACGUGUGGGAGUCGGCCGCCGGCGGCUCGUUCACGGUCACGCGCGACUUGACCUCGGAGCCCAUCCAGCGCGGUACGCGCAUCGUGCUCAAGCUCAAGGAGGACAUGCUCGAGUACCUCGAGGAGCGCAAGCUCAAGGACCUCGUCAAGAAGCACUCUGAGUUCAUUGGCUUCCCGAUCCGCCUCUACGUCGAGAAGACGACGGAGAAGGAGGUCACGGACGACGAGGACGAGGAAGAAGAGGAGAAGGACGGCGACGACAAGCCCAAGAUCGAAGAAGUCACGGACGACGACGACAAGAAGAAGAAGACCAAGAAGAUCAAGGAAGUGUCGCACGAGUGGGACCACCUCAACGCGCAGAAGCCCAUCUGGAUGCGCAAGCCCGAGGAUGUGACGCACGAGGAGUAUGCUGCCUUCUACAAGUCGCUCACGAACGACUGGGAGGAGCAUGCGUCGGUCAAGCACUUCUCGGUCGAGGGCCAGCUCGAGUUCAAGGCGUGCCUCUUCACGCCCAAGCGCGCGCCGUUCGACAUGUUCGAGGGUGGUGCCAAGAAGAAGCUCAACAACAUCAAGCUCUACGUGCGCCGCGUCUUCAUCAUGGACAACUGCGAGGACCUCAUGCCCGAGUACCUCUCGUUCGUCAAGGGUGUGGUCGACUCGGAAGACUUGCCGCUUAACAUCUCGCGUGAGACGCUCCAGCAGAACAAGAUCCUCCGCGUUAUCAAGAAGAACCUCGUCAAGAAGUGCUUGGACAUGUUCAACGAGCUCGCCGAAGACGCCGAGAAGUACAAGAAGUUCUACGAGGCCUUCUCGAAGAACCUCAAGCUCGGCAUCCACGAAGACUCGACCAACCGCACCAAGAUUGCCAAGCUCUUGCGCUACCACUCGACCAAGUCGGGCGAGGACCUCACGUCGCUCGACGACUACAUCUCGCGCAUGCCCGAGAACCAGCCCGGCAUUUACUACGUGACGGGCGAGUCGAAGAAGUCGGUCGAGAACUCGCCGUUCAUUGAGAAGCUCAAGAAGAAGGGCUAUGAAGUCCUCUUCAUGGUCGACCCCAUCGACGAGUACGCUGUCCAGCAGCUCAAGGACUACGAGGGCAAGAAGCUCAUCUGCGCCACGAAGGAAGGCCUCGACAUGUCCGAGUCAGAGGAUGAGAAGAAGUCGUUCGAGGAGGCCAAGGCCGCCACGGAGGGCCUCUGCAAGCUCAUGAAGGAAGUGCUUGACGAGAAGGUCGAGAAGGUCCAGAUCUCGAACCGCAUUGUCGAGUCGCCUUGCGUGCUCGUCACGGGCGAGUACGGCUGGUCGGCCAACAUGGAGCGCAUCAUGAAGGCGCAGGCCCUCCGCGACUCGUCGACCUCGUCGUACAUGUCGUCGAAGAAGACGAUGGAGAUCAACCCGUUGCACCCGAUCAUCAAGUCGCUCCGCGAGAAGGCUGAUGUUGACAAGAGCGACAAGACGGUCAAGGACCUCAUCUGGCUCCUCUACGAUACGUCGCUCCUCACCUCGGGCUUCUCGCUCGACGAGCCCACGACGUUUGCCAACCGCAUCCACCGCCUCAUCAAGCUCGGCCUCAGCAUCGACGACGAUGACGUUGUCGACGAGAACCUCGAUGACCUCCCGCCGCUCGAGGGCGACGAUGGCAUGGAGGAGUCGACGAUGGAGGAAGUCGACUAA